AUUCUUAAUAUAUCUUAAAAGUAGGAGAAACAUCACAAGAUGUCAUAUUCCUAAUUUCUUAGUUACAAAUUAAAACCAAUUUAUAUAAUGGAAUAAGGUGGUCCAGACUUAGAACUCAGAUGUGUUAAGUAAAUAUUUAUUCUGGUUCCACUCCAGGGAGGUAAAAGAUUUUAUUAACAUAUUUCUUGCAUUAACAUAUUUCUUGAGGUCACGGGGGCAAAGAAAAGCUUAUGCUGUGCUUAAAUGCCUGAGGGGCCUUUCUGCGGCACGCUAAUAAACGCUGAUUUUUUUUUUUUUUUCUUCACUAAAGAGAGCAACGAUCUUGUAUUGUGGCCUUUGUUUUACUAUUGUUCACUCACAACUGCAUAAUCUCAAACCAAGUUUUAAAAAGGCUGCUUUAUUUUUUUCCCAUUGUUUGGAAAGUCUCUUAGAUAUUACUUAAAAUAUUUGUAUCCAAGCUUUAUCCUUGUACUUUUUCUCCUGGUUUACUUUGGGCUGUUACCAGCCAUUUGUACUUUGUUUUCUCUUCAUUGCUGAAAAGAAAAAUUGCCCAUUAAAAGUCAAGAUUUGAAGUGCUGAACUUAAUUCCUUGAGUCCAGUCCACAGUUUGGCUCCGAUUACUGUACCAGGCUGACCUCCAGUCCAAGGGAGGGUGCCUUGGCAGAAAUCUGAGAAUUCCUCGAUCAGUGACUCCCUUUUUUGGAUUUAUGGAGUCUUUAGGUGGAUUGCUUUGUGCUAAAUGUGCUCUUAUUGGAAAGGAAUGGGGCUGGAAUGAGAGGAACACGAUGUUGCACAACGUAAAUGUUUGCAGCUGACCUCCGUGUUCACUAUGCUUGAAUUAGCUGGCCGUUGCUGCACCUGGCUUUGAACCAUGUACCAUCAAAGCCCAGAAAACUCACGUAAUGAAUGGUUUUAAGUAGUGGUGAAAAAGAAAAGUCGGGUAAUUCUGUUAACCUUUUGUGGCUGGCUCCUGACUUGAUUUUUUGCCCCCCUUGAAAGUCUUUGCUAUUAUUCUUAGAAAUAAAAUUUUAAAAGACUCAGCAGCCAAACAAGCAGAAUAUGACAUUGUGGAACAGAGUGACUGUGAAAGCUCUUUGUGCUGACGAUUAAUUUCACAUGUAAACAGUUUCAUUUUGUUGCCAGCAAGGAGAUUUCCUUUUCCUUUCUGUGCCUAGUUAAAGUCUAGAAAUAAAAUUCCACAGCUGUCAGGUUCCCACAUAUUCAUCAGUGGCCUCUCAAGAUGGCUUCACAAUGAGCAGAGUGAAUUUAGAGGAUUCCACUGUUAAAGUCUGCAAAGCUUGUUUCAGACACCCCAACUCACAAAAUCAAGAAUUGUAAAUCUUUUGCCUUCCUGACAUGUAAUGUUGGACAGUAACAUCAUCUGUGGCAUAAUAUUAAUAAAAUAUGAACAUUUUCUGUGCCCGUAGUGGGAAUAUGCACCCGAAGCGAAGCUAAUGCCAAUGGGUUUAACCAAUUAGUGAGCCAUCAUUGUCUUCCUUAUUGAAACACAGUUGCCUCCCCCAACCUCUAUUUGUACAUGUUAAGGACUUACCAGGCAAUGAAACUCAAGGAGUGUCAGCAGGUGCCACAAAGGCCUUCCUUUCCUUUCUAGCAGGAGGGCACUUAUGACUAUAGAGUGCAGUAGUUGGGUGUUCAUAAUGCAUACUCUGUAAUUACCCAUUGUUACCACAGCCAGCUCCAGUGUAUGUGUGUGUGUGUCUGUGUGUAUGUGUGUGUUUAAAUUAGGUCAAUGCACGUUUCAUUUAGCUCCCAAGCCAGAAUGCUUGCCAACCUAAGCCCCAACACUUUUAUUCUGGUUUCCAGAAUGUGCAGAGGUUACGUACAUCAUCUGAAUGGCCCAGUGUUCUGCAGGCUUAUCUUUUGGUCUUCCAGUGGUAACGUGUUUUCCCCACUGUGUGCUUCUUCUCCAAGCAGCAUUCACAAGGUUAGGCAGAUCUCUAAGACGACGUCUCUAGAGAGACAGCACAGUGCAUCAUCUUUUGGCACCAUCUAAUCUUUGAUGUAAUGUUGUUCAGAGAAAAUGAUCCUUGUAGCUCAUUUAUGGUUUCAGUUUACAUUUGGCCCUCUCAUAUGACCAGUAACACCUGGGAACAGAGUGGCUUUUGAGGGAGAUUCUUUAUAGCACCACUUCAAAGGGUUUUUGCAGAAAGGAAGUGUAUGUAUAUGCGCAUGAAUUCUCCUUGAAUUACAGUAAGUACUAGGUUUCACAACCUCCUGGCUAGUUAGGCAGAAUAAAAUAUGUACACAUACAGACACAUACUAGUUGGCAGAAAGAUUAUGAAAUAUACCCCUUUGCUGCAGAAAGAAUUGAUUGAUUAUGCAGGUUGGACCCCUGCUGCCCUAGUCGGCUUUCCUAAUCGCAGGAGACAGAUACCCAUACCCAUCCUGUUAAGUUAUAAAGGACCCGUGUGUGCAUUCUUUAACCCUAUAGGACCUCGUCAGGGAUAAAGAAUAAUAUUACAGUUAUGGUCGUUAACAACCAAACCAUGCAACAUAUCUUCAUGGCAGAUUUCUGAAAAUGUAUGUUAACUAAUGAAGUAAGCAGCAUUUAUGUGUGUGGUGUAUUUAGCCUCUGCAAAAAGAUAUAAUCCUGCCUUUAAGUAUCAUUCUCUAGAACAGUCUCCCCAAAGAAAUAUUGAUAAAGACAGUAAAUGAACAGAGGAAAAUCCAAAUUUAGAAACAGGUAAUAAGGAGAUAUGAUUCAAAUUUUACCUGCAAUGUAGUAGAAGUGAUAGGAAACAUGUCCGAGAACUUUUAGAUUGAGUCUGUAUUUGGACCAUACCAUAGCAAAUUUUGAAAUGAAAAGCUUAAAAAAUGUUUGAAAAAUAAUUUAAGCAAUAAUCUAGUUUGCAUAUUUUUUAGGACCUUGGAGGACUGGUGUCUGAAUUUUCCCACAUUUCAUUUUUCUAAUUUGGAGCACCAGUUGUCAGCUAUUAAUAAUAGUUUGUACUAAGCAGUAAUUACUGGUGAGCUAAUUACUUUAUGGACUUUAAAAAAUGCAGUUAUUUUUCAUGACGUACUGUCCAAAGAGUAAAACAAGCCUCAAAAGAAAGAAAGGAAAGAAGGAAGGAAAGGAGGGACAAAACCCUGAGUAUUUUAUUUCCAAUUUGUAUGCUGUGAUAGAAUAUUGAAACUUACCCAACUAUCAAUACAUUUAAGAGAAUCAGUAAGAAAUAGCACAUUUUCACUAUAAGUAAUAUUUAAAUAUAUAGUGGGUUUAAGUAUAUUAAUUAUACUCAAAAGCAUAAAAUUGGUAUUUCCUAAGAAUUGAUCAAGGAUAUCUAAAUACAAGUCAUGAUUAGUGUAUUUUAAACCAGUGUGGUUCUUUAUGACGUUCUGUUGUUUUUCAGCCUAAUUGUCAGUGAGAUAAAUAUAGCAUCAUAGAAAAAGAUGCAUUAACCAAUAUAUUCAGUGACAAGUAUAAACACCCAAACUUCCCCAGAAUUCAAACAAAACCGUUGCAUAUUCUCCAAAUUAAAGUAACAAAAUUUUCCUUCCCCCUACUUUUUUUUUAAAAACUAGCAUUUUUGUUUUCUCAAUUGUUGAAGGUACAAUUUGCUUUUCUGAUUUUCUAAUAGACUUCUGGAAGAAUAGUAUUCUAGAGGGUUUUGAGGAUUUUAUUUGGGCAAAAACAAACAAUUGUUUAUUGUAUACAUGGAAAGAACAGUUUUAAAAGAAGACAUACUUUUUGUGAAGAUUAAUGCAAACUUUGGUUUGUUUAAUAAAACAACAGUUUUGAGGUAUUCCCAUACCCAGAACACUUAAAUUUUCUAGAUGCAAACCACCGAAACAACAAUAGAGAAUUCAAUGAAGUGUCAAAAAGAAAGUUAAUUUAAUUGGCCUUCAUGAAAAACACAAACUUGAAUUCAGACAAUGAAUGAAUGGAAUGCACUAUCAGCCACGUGUCCAUGUUUGGAGUGUCAGUUGAUGAGCACCAAGAAGAAUGGGCAGCUUUACAGUUCAGCAAGCACAGAUGGACUCUAGAUAGAUAGAUCAGCUUACCAGUUUUCUGAUCCUCAUAUUAUCAGCAUUCAAAAGCUUCAGUCAUAGGGUCAUUGUCAGUUCCUAAUAUUCUGAACUAGUUAGAAAACUGAGGGCACAGAAACUCAUGGGUUCAUGUGGGUCUUGUUACUGCUGUGGGGCCUGGGAGCUGCAGGGAGACCUGGCCACAGGGCCACUUGCCUGCAUGGAGCUCAUUCUGCACUUACCCCUCACCCUUCUGUCUUCCUUGGCUGAUUCUGACAGCCAUCAAAUGCCCUCCCAGAUGUGCUCGCUGCCACCCCCAUUUCCUUUGUUGACAGCACUACUGGAUAUUAUGCUAAAUGUUGGUUUUGUUUGUUGUUUAGUCUGUUGAUAGAUGUUCCAGCACCUAUUACAUUUGACAUAACCUAUAUAUUUCUUUUUUGUUGUUGCCCUUAAAAAGCACACUGUGUUUAGUUUGCGAGGGCUGCCAUAACAAAGUGCCACAGGCUGGGCAGCUUAAACAACAGAAAUUUAUUUUCUAACAAUCUUGGAGGCUCGAAGUCUGAGAUCAAGAUGUUGGCAGGGUUGGUUUCUUCUGAGGCCUCCCUUCUCGGCUUGUAGAUGGCUGUCUUCUCCCUGUGUCUUCAUAUGGUCUUUCCUCUGUGUGUCUGUGUCCUAAUCUCUUCUUAGAAGGACAUGGGUCACUUCAGAUUAGGGCCCACCCUGAUGUCCUUAUUUUAACUUAAUUGCCUCUGUAAAGAUCCUGUUUCCAAAUACAAUCACAUUCUGAGGUAUUGGUGGUUAGGACUUCCCCAUAUGAAUUUUGAGGUGAUACAAGUCAGCCCAUAACACACAUUUUUAAAAGUAAAUUUUUGUGAAUUGAUCACCCCUGCUGUACCUACCCCACCCCCAGACUUGAGCAUCUAGAAGGCAGAAACUCUCUUUCUCUUGCAAUCCCCAGAACCUAACAGUGUCCAGCACUUUGCAGCUAUUUCAUGAACUCUUGCUGCAUGAAUGCACAAAGGUUGGUAAGAAACGAAGUUGAAAAGUGGCACUAUUUCUGACUGCCAGAAGUAGCACCUGGCGAGUAGACUAGAACAUGUUCCAAUAAGAAGAAGAGGCAGAGAAAAUACAGUACAUUUAAACCAAGACAGCUUUUGACAGAAAGGCAAAUGAUUGUUGCUUGGGACCACCCAUUCUCCACAUCCAGCACUGGGAAUGGAAUGGAAGUUCAGGCCCUUGCGGAAUACCAAAGGUCAGGUCUGAAUCAUAUGAGAGCAAAGGAAAUGUCAGAAGUGGCUGCUUGUCCCAAACAAGGCAGAUGGUGGAUUACUUUCUGAAGGAGCUGGGCACAGGAGAGGAAAUAUGUGGAAAAGUUUAUUACCCAGAACUCUCUGUCUGGGUCAGUCAAGAACCAUUUCCAAACAAGGACAUGGAGGGAAGGCUUCCUAAGGGAAGACUUCCUGUCCCAAAGGAAGUGAACCGCAAGAAGAACGAUGAGACAAACGCUGCCUCCCUGACUCCACUGGGCAGCAGUGAACUCCGCUCCCCAAGAAUCAGUUACCUCCACUUUUUUUAAUCGUAACACCUCCAUUUGUAUUACAUAUGGUGUAUGGGUAUUGAUGAGGUCAUGGUAUCAUAUAUGGGAUUUUUUUCUGUGUAAAUCAUCAAGUAUAAGAAGAAACUAUGGGACUCUGAGCCUUGCUUUAGAGAAUUUACAGUGGACAAAUAGGUAUCAUCAAACCAGUUUUUAAUCAUUCUGACUCAAGUGAAAAUGCUCAGAAUUUCACACUGUGAAUCCACGUUUACAACCCUUACAGGUGGGCCUUCAGGCCUGGUUCGCUACAACAAUGUCUUCCACAACUCAAACUCCCACCGCGCUCACACAACCGGUCCACUCCUGCCUUUUCACUCACACAGCUCCCGACUGCUUCUUGCAGAGGCUGAGAGUCCCCCCCUUUUUUUUUCAUUUAGAUGUAACAAACCUAGUAGUUUAUGUUCAUCAAUUGUCUGUAUAUCUCUAUAUUUUAUCCAUGUACUCUUUUGAUGUAUAGAAGUAGUUUGAAACUCAUUGUUUCCUUGUGGUAAGUGACCGAGAUGCUGCCACAGGACCUGAGACACUGAUGAAUGGUGCUAUUUUGGACUUUCAACAUGCUCCUUGGCGAGGUAGCUCUGAUGGAGUUAUUUUUUAUUUCCAUGUUCUAAGAAGGUGUUGGUACUCUGUUUCCCUGAAUGUUGUUCUCUAGACUGGAUUGACUUGUUUUCCUUGUGUCUUCAGUGUGGCUUUCUUCCUCAGUGUUGUAGGUUGAGCGAAUGCUACCAGAGUGUGAGAGACGAUUGUCUCGUUGGCUGGCACUCACGGACAUGCAGUCACGGUAGCGGGAGCAAUCACAAAACUGUAAUUUACUUACCAAAUCUCUUCCUUUCCGUAGCCUCGCCUGCCUGACUUAGAGAAAGAAAAGCAAUAAUUUUACAGGCAUUUUGAGGUGUCUCUUUGGGUUCUUUCUGUUUGAAAGGAUAUUUGUCGAAAAAAAGAGCAAAACCUUUUUAAAUAAAUUUCCCCUGAAAAAAAAAACCCAAAACACUGGCAUCUGAGUAGGAAUAUGAAAAUGACACCUUUUCCAAAUAUUAAAUUGGAAAACAAUGUCUACAAAAUCAUGAUACUUUUUUAAAAGGCAGAGCAUUCUUUUUUUGGCAAUUUUGAUAAGCAAGGUGUAGAUUUACAUUUUUGUCCUUGCUCCCAACGAAAUGGAUAAACAAAAAUAAAUUACCAUCUACUCAUGGAAUGUUGUUGUGUUAGCCAGUCUGAAAGCCCACCUUAAUUUUUAUAUAACUGUCUUUUAGCUCUUCUUUUGACAGGGCAGGCCUUGUUCUGAACUGUUUCGCUUCUGACUGUUAAACACCGAUGACGCAUGCACUGCACUUCUUCGUUUUCUUCUUGCUCCCCCAUUGGCCUGAGUUUCUUGUGCAUUACUCCUCUCCCUCCUUCGUUAGAAUAGGUAUAUCAGCUGUGUAAAUAGAGCAAGAAAACAGUAUUCUGCAUCUGUGGCAUUUAUGUAGAGUUGCAGUUGUGUACUGCUGAAAAUGCAGGCUUUUGUAACAGUGUGAUCUUUACUGAUGCACUCAUGACAAGUACCCAAUGUAUUUUAGCUAUUUUAGUAGUAUUUGUUCAAUAAAUACGCAAGCUGUAAGGUAA